AUGCUAUCAGCAGAGGAAAUUAAUCAGUUUAAUGGAACGACUAUUGAGAUUUACAAACUGAUUAACUUGACUAAUGCAAUAGAAUUUGCCAAGUAUGAGAAUAAGAUAUGGUUACAGACGAUUAGUGAAUUGGAAAAAAGGAUUAAUGAAGGACUUAAUAAGUAUAACGUUCCUUUAGUUAGAACUAAACACGACCCUGACGUUAAUGGAACAAGUCUAGGAACAGUGAAUCGGAUGGUAUCAGGAGAAAUUAAUGGAAACUUUUUUGGAUUUAAUAACGAAACAGUUCUUGGAACACUUAACGGAACAGUUCUAGCAGCAGCUGAUGGAACUGUUCUUGGAACAUUCAAUGGAGUCAUUGUUGGAAUAAUAAAUAGAACGACUUCGGAAAACAUUGAUCAAAUGGUUCUAAGAACAAUAGACGGAACGGUUCUUGGAACAGAUAACAGAACAGUUAUUGGUCAUGACAAAGGACUGAUUCUGCGGAAGCCUAAACGACCUGAUAGCUGGGCUUCGGAACCUGAAAAUAACGGAACAGGCGAGGAAGCAGUUGACGAGAACAAUAAUUUGAUCCGAGUCGGUUUUAAGGCGCCUGGGGCUCACUUUGAGGAAAAAGAGGUUCAAUAA